ACGCCUUAUCACUAUACCAUCACGUUAUCACUAGUGUCCUUCGCCUGUGCUUUUCUCCCCUGCCUUUUUUAUUUUAUUUUUCUCAGCUCAUGCAUCUCUAUCCCUCGAAAAAUGCAUUUAAUUUGUGUCUAACCUCCUCAAUUGCGUUCGCAAGUGCUACAGAAGUUUACCGAAGUAAGCUUCAUACCUCCUUUGGAUCGUCCGAGUAGAUAGUUCCAACCCAUGAGGUUUACAAUUUACUCAUUUUGUACCCCCUCGGUACGACUUCUCGUGCGAAAUUCGUGACGCUCUCGUUUAAAUUUUCGUUUGAUUCGAUGCAUUGACGUUCCGUCAGAUCCACGUGGUUUUCGGCAUCUGUACGUUUUCUCCCGGGUUCAUGCUCCGUGACUCAAUAAUUAGUCCAGGCUGUCUGUCUAGGUACUCUUCGAUUACGUAAUACAUACCGAUUCUUGCGUUAAGUGUAUCAACGAAAACAAACGCCGCCACUGUAUAUUUUGUUGCUCUAUAUGCCCUCCUGCUCGCUAAAAGUAUCUCACUAGACGCUUAGUUACCUUAUCAAGUUUGGUCUAAGUUCAAAGUCAAAGAAGUGAAACCUCAACACACAUCUCAGCAGAUGCACCAGCACCACUGAUCACACUGCUCACUGUUCCAGGACAAUAGACGCUUUUUUAGUCAGUUGUAAUCAAAAUUUUUGUGUGAGAUUCUCAUAUUGUACUCAUCUAUAGUCUUGAUGAAAGGACUACAAGAGGAUGGCCUCUUAUCGCCACUGAAAGUAUCUCUCGUCCAUGGAGUUCCACUAUCACCCAUCCUUUCAAGAUGAUUGCGGAUGAAAUUGUACCGUUAUUGAACACCAAUAUGCGUUCUAUGGAGAGCAGUCGAGCCCUUCUGGUUGACAUUUUAGCAGCCCUCUUCGGUCUGGGAUCAUGGAUGUCCGUCAACGGGAUGUACAACGAGCUCCCGAUCCUGGUCCAGGCGGCUCCCGAAGGGUGGUCCCUUCCAUCCUACCUCUCCAUCAUCAUCCAGAUGGCCAACAUCGGGCCUCUCCUCUACUACUUCAGCAAACGGAACUGCCCGGGUUUCGUCAAAGACUCCUACGUCAUAGCCGUCAUCCUCUUCCUGGGGGCCUUGGCCAUGUUCCACAUGGCGUUCAACUACGACCAAACCAGCAGCGUCUUCGGGGCACCCCACAGCACGUCACUGAUGGCCGGCACGUUUUUCAUAGCCCUGGUCGGAUGCACAAGCUCAGUAUUAUUUUUCCCCUUCAUCGGUCGCUUCCCUGAGACCUACCUAGUUUCCCUCCUGGUCGGCGAAGGCCUCAGCGGGUUCAUUCCCAGCGGUAUCGCCCUCAUUCAAGGCAUAGGCGACAAACCCGAAUGCAAGAACGUCACUCAACCUGACGGUUCGGUCGCAGUUUUCCCAGAGCUUCACCCUCCCAGGUUCUCCACCCAGACUUACUUCUUGGUCAUCUUCAGCCUGAUGGUCGUCAGUUUGAUCUCAUUUUUAAUGUUAAAUAAUUUACCGAUCUGCGUGAAGGAGAGGAAGAAGAGACUGGUCAUCGACCGAUUGAGGGAUAGCCCGAAUCCUAACACCAAUAGAUUGUCCGACGAUGAGUUCGAGGGCGGGAAGAAAGCCGUUAUUCUGACCCCUUACUCUUAUGGUGCUAUGCUUCUACUCCAAGGUGUUAUUUCUUUCCUCGCCAAUGGCUCACUGCCCAGUUUGCAGUCGUACUCUUGUCUACCUUAUGGCUAUGAAGUAUACCACCUGUGUGUGACGCUGGUCCACAUCGCGAACCCGAUCGCUUGCUUUAUGGCUUACUUCGUUCCUCACAAGUCCAUCAGAGCGAUUUCAUCCCUCAGCGCUGUGUUGGCUGUCUUCGUCUCCUACGUCAUAACGCUGGCUGUGUUGAGCCCGACUCCUCCUUUGGCCGAUGAAUUCGUUGGGAAAGCACUUGUGGUAUUCUGCUGGAUUGUCUGCUCUGGACUCAUAGCAUACACCAAACUCUCAAUUGCAGCACUUUUCAAUGAUGCGGGUAACAAAGGAUUAUUCUGGUAUGGAGUCUCCACACAAUUAGGAGCUGCUUUAGGCGCUGCGAGUAUGUUUGUUCUUAUCAACAUUUUGAACUUAUUUAAAUCAAAUGAUAUCUGUGCAGGGGCCUGAGAUAAUCAGCAACAAGGUAAGAUCAAUUCGCAGAUCUGAUUUGAGUCUUUUGCCGUUUUAGGCAAGUAGGAAAUUUUAGGAAAGCUUUAUUCUAGAAGCUAGUAAUGUCUGUUAUACAUGGCAAGUGGCAAGUGUACAGAUAAAGCAUUUCAAAGUGGAAGCAAGUUGACUUUUUUUGGCAGUACACUUUGCCAAGUACAAAAUAUUGCUGAUCUGGGCCGUUUGUGUUUUUCUUUGACUGAAUAUUCGGUUAUUUCCAUGCCAGUUGAUAAGAAUUAUUUAUCAAUGGCAAACCUAAAAGAUCGCGCAUCUUGAUCAUGAUGUGUCAAAAUCACUGCUCGUAUUUUAGUUUCUUAAUGGAAGUUUUCCUAACGUUUUUGCAUGAAAGUUUCUGGAAAUAUUUUUAUAUUCUUUGGAAGGCAAAGACUUGAAAUUCCAUGAGAGGAAGAUAUUAGUCCUUUACUAUCAUCAAAUAUGACAGAAACAUGGACGUCACAAAUCGAGGUAUUCCUUUUUCUUUUUCCACUCCUCACUAGAGAUAUCCUGUGAUGGUUUCUCCUUGAUCAACCUUCACCAUUGUCCAUGAGAUAUUCUCAUCGUCCUUUGAUAACCAAUGCAGACUUUUAUGAGAACUCUUAUGAAUGCUAGUAUGCUUUUCUACAUCUCUGGGUUUUUUUUAAUCUUUUUUUGAACUGUCUGUUGACACUAAAGUAGUUGGGGAAGUUAGGAGAAACCUAUUACUUCCUAAAAAUCCCUCUGAACCAAUGAUAGUGGUAAGGGUGAGAAGCGAACGGUUCACAUUUUAUUUUGUGGUUAUCUGCGUCCAGUGAAAGAGCUGUAUUCUGCUAUAAUUUUUUGACUGUUAUACUGAACACACAGUUUGAGGUAACAUUUCCUGGAAAUUCGUUCUUUGCUUCAAUUGACACUCACAGAAUUGAUGAAGAAGU